CUCGUCAGAGGGCGGCUCUUUGACCGCUUUUUACGCAUCAUUAUAAAGGCUUAACUCCCUCCCUCUGCGCGCUGUCCCGCUCCGCCGCCGUGAGCCCUCAGUGUCUGGAUCUAUGCUCUUCAUAGAUGGGCUUUAUGCCACACGCUAUUAGCCUACAGGUUGAGGCCACACUCUGAUUUCAUUUUGUCCCGUUCGCACCUCUGCUUUUGGGGGGAGCUUUCCUGUUUUUGUUUUUUUUUCCUCCUCUGCUUGGAUACUACUGACUUAAGCAUUGGAUAUGUGCACACAGGAUGAUGACAACCCCUUUUCUCCCCGUAGAAGUAAAAUAAAAUAGGCUUUCGCACACAUUGGAUUUACUCCUGUCGUUCCAUAUGAAGAAGUCAAAAAUUUGGAUACGCCUCUGUGUCCAUUUACUGCUGUUCAUCACGCUUGGGGUACAUUCAAGUAAAUUUGACGUCAACCCAGUGACGGAUGACAUCUCUAAACUCUCGAUUUUGAGACAAAAUAUUCCUAAAGAUUACAGAAUUCCUGUGCAUUUUGUUCCAAGAGAAGAGGGUGGGAUGUGUUGGGUAAAAUUAAAUGUCUUCUACUUGGAGGAGAGUUUACAAGAUUUAGCGCAUAAGUUUGGCAACAUUUCAUCCAACAGAAAAGAUAUUAGCAUUUUCAUUCAAAUGCUCCAAGAGUUGCGGCUCAACAUGGGGUCUCUGGAGUCGAUCAUGUAUGAUUUUCAGUGCCACUACAGGGAAGAGAGGUGGCCAACAGCACGAUACUUCGACUUUGUCAAAGACUUCCUUAUAGCUGCGCAGCAUAAAGAAGAUUCAGAUGACUGUGACCCUCCUCCCUGUCCCACCACAGAGGAAAUGAUAACAACAGAAGAAUAUUUAACAGGCUCCACCAUGUCCAGCAGUAAAGGCACGACCUGUGACUUGCAGAGAAACUGUCAAACACAAACGAGGUUCAUGUCUGAGGUUGUGGAGCGAAGCCUCCUCUCCUUACUGUUCAUUCCGCUCCUAGCCAUCAUAUUCCUGCUUGUGUGGAAGCUCAGAUCACGUAGAAAUGAGGAGGAUCUUCAACCAAAUCCUGGAGAAGAUCUAUUCUUCACGGCAACAGAAGGGACUGCACCUCCACUAGAUGCUGAAAUAUCAGAAAAAAACAAGUUGAACGUCAUUGAAACAGUGUAAUGCUUCAACCUAUUCAUGUUCAUCAGCACAGUUGGGCUCUACCCUUUUCUCCUGUUGGUGUCCAAGGUGAUGAAAAACAAAGAAGCUGAAUUCCACAGAGAGAUCUCACAGAUGAAAGGCCUGUUUUUGACUGCUUUGACUCCACAAUGGCUUCACAUUUGCCAUGACCACGAUUUUUCCUGGUUAAACCAUGCCUGCUACCAUAUGGAUAAGCUUGCCUUUCUUGUAAGACUGCGUUAACCCCAUGCUUUUGAAAAAGACAGAGAGAAAGUGAAAAUUUUGCAGAGAGGAACCCCACACACAUCACCAAACUCCACUGGAUUUUCCGGCUUCUGCAAAUUAUUCCAUCCAAACCUGCUGCAUCACAGACUCUUUGGGGAAAACUGCAUCCCCAUCAGCACAUUGCUACAGUCUGCCUUUGUUUUUGGGCCCACCAGUUCAUCCUUACACCGCAAAGCAGAGAGUGACUGACACUGGUUAUCUCAUAUGAACUGAGGCAUGAUUUACUACCUCCGGUGACCCUAACGUUGACCACAAUCUCAACAGCUCUUGUUUCCUCUUAGUCCAGGGUUUCUCAAAGAAAAUAAUGUUUAACAUUGUAGUUCAAAGGUGUCGUCACAUUGUCUGGUUUAGCCGUGUACGCGUGGGGGUGUGUGAUGUAUUUAUUUAUUUGGUGGCAGCACAGAGCUGUUGCCGCUGAUAUGAUGUUUCAAGCAAUCAUUUAAGAGCACCUUUACUAAUGGGUCACAUUUAAUGAACAAUCUGUAUACUUACACAUCGUACCCCCCCCCCCC